GAGGGGCGGGCAGAAGCGCGGCCGGGGGCGGGGCUGGCGGGCGCGGGAAGCGCGAGGGGCAGCGGUGCGGCGUUCAGGGGGCGGCCGCAGCCCCGCCCCGCCCCGCCGCGUCCUGCCCGGUAGUACCGCAACGUCCUGCCCGCGCGCUCUUCGUCGCCUCUCGGCGUCUAGGAGCUCUCUGGUGGUCCGCGGGCAGCUAUGGCUCAGCACUUCUCCCUGGCCGCCUGCGACGUGGUCGGCUUCGACCUGGACCACACUCUGUGUCGCUACAACCUGCCUGAGAGCGCCCGGCUCAUUUAUAAUAGCUUUGCUCAGUUCCUGGUCAAGGAGAAAGGGUAUGACAAGGAAUUGCUCACUGUGACUCCAGAGGACUGGGAUUUCUGUUGCAAGGGCUUGGCAUUGGAUCUGGAAGACGGGAACUUCAUUAAACUUGCAGAUAAUGGCACCGUGCUCAGAGCAAGCCACGGCACAAAGAUGCUGGCUCCAGAGGUGUUGGCGGAGGAGUACGGCAGGAAGGAGUGGAAGCACUUCACGCCAGACUCGGGAAUGGCCUGCCGGUCAGGAAAAUAUUAUUUUUAUGAUAACUACUUUGACCUGCCUGGAGCUCUUCUGUGUGCCAGAGUGGUGGACUCUUUAACAAAGCAGAACAAUGGUCAAAAACCAUUUGAUUUUUGGAAGGACAUAGUUGCUGGUAUACAACAUAAUUAUAAAAUGUCAGCUUUUAAAGAAAACUGUGGAAUAUAUUUUCCAGAAAUAAAAAGAGAUCCAGGCAGGUAUUUACACACUUGUCCGGAAUCUGUUAAAAAGUGGCUUCGACAGCUAAAAAAUGCUGGGAAAAUUCUUAUGUUAAUUACCAGUUCUCACAGUGAUUACUGUAGACUCCUCUGUGAAUAUAUCCUUGGGAAUGAUUUUGAAUAUCUUUUUGACAUUGUGAUUACAAAUGCAUUGAAGCCUGGUUUCUUCUCUCAUUUACCAAGUCAGAGGCCUUUCCGGACACUUGAGAAUGACCAGGAACAAGAGGCCCUGCCAUCUCUGGAUAAACCUGGCUGGUACUCCCAAGGGAAUGCGGUCCAUCUUUAUGAACUUCUGAAGAAAAUGACUGGCAAACCUGAACCCAAGGUUGUUUACUUUGGUGACAGCAUGCAUUCAGAUAUUUUCCCAGCCUGUCAUUAUAGUAAUUGGGAGACAGUCCUCAUCCUGGAAGAGCUCAGAGGGGACAGAGACGGGAAGCCUGAGGACUCAGAGCCUCUAGAGAAGAAAGGAAAAUAUGAGGGACUGAAGGCAAAGCCUCUAAAUAGAUUAUCUAAAAAAUGGGGCUCUUUUUUUAUUGAUUCAGUUUCCGGACUGGAAAAUACAGAAGAUUCCUUGAUUUAUACAUGGUCUUGUAAGAGAAUCAGCACUUACAGCACUAUUGCAAUUCCAAGUAUUGAAGCAAUAGCAGAAUUACCCCUGGACUCUAAAUUUGUAAGAUUCUUUUAAAAUAUCUCAUAAACAUCUGGCUACUAUCCAAGCCCUCAUUUAGUUUUAUACAGUGGAAGGACAUUUGACCAUCAAAUGGAUCUUUGAUUUUUAUGAAGAAUAAAGGACCAUAUAUCUAGCAAAAUAGUACUAUCAAAAUAGUAAUUCUCGGGCUUCCCUGGUGGUGCAGUGGUUGAGCGUCCGCCUGCCGAUGCAGGGGACGCGGGUUUGUGCCCCGGUCUGGGAAGAUCCCACAUGCCGCGGAGCGGCUGGGCCCACGAGCCAUGGCCGCUGAGCCUGCGCGUCCGGAGCCUGUGCUCCGCAACGGGAGAGGCCACAACAGUGAGAGGCCCGCGUAUCGCUAAAAAAAAAAAAAAAAAAAGGAAUUCUCAAAAAAGUUCCUGUUUAUUGUGUCAUAUAAUCAAGUGAUUAAUGAAAAGAGGCUAACAAAUGGUUUGUAUCUGAAACUACAAAAUAGAAAGAGCUAUCUGAUCACCCUCAUUUUGAUGUACAUUAUCUAGAUUAUGUAUAUUACAUAUAUCAUAUAUAUGUGUAUAUGUCAUUGUAUUAAAAUCCACACCAGUUUAGAACUGAAAAGACCCUUAGAGACCUUCUACACCAGAGGUUCUCAGAUUGGAGUCACCUGCAGAGCUUUAAAACUUGCUUAGAGUGAGCAUCCUGUAACAAAUUGAAAUUUCUGGGAUUGGGCCCCAGGCAUCAAAUGUUUAGAAAUUCCCCAGGUGAUUCAAUGUGCAGCCUAGUGUAAGAACAAGUGGUCUAGGCCAGUAACCCUCAAACUCACUGUGCAUAAGAACCACCUGUAGAGUCGGUUAAAACAUAGAUUCCUGGUCCUUACUCCCAGAGCCUGGGCUUGGAACUGACAUUUUAAAAAAUCCCAUGGUCACUGGGGGAUGGGGGGGGAGGGAUAAAUUGGAAGAUUGGGAUUGACACAUACACACUACUAUUGAUAUAUUUAAAAUAGGUAACUAAUAAAGACCUACUUUAUAGCACUUCAAUACUGUGUAAUGGCCUGUAUGGGAAAAGAAUCUAAAAGAGAGUGGCUAUAUGUAUAUGUAUAACAGAUUCACUUUGCUGUACAACUGAAACUAACACAACAUUGUAAAUCAACUAUGCCCCAAUAAAAUAAUUUAAAAAAAAUUUUAAAAUCCCAAGUUCUAUGUAUUGAAUUGUUUCUCCCCCCACCAGCCCUAAUUUAUAUGUUGAAGCCCUAACCCCCAAUAUGACUGUAUUUGGAGACAGGGCUUUUAGGAGGUAAAGUUACAUGAAGUCAUAAGGGUGGGGUGAUAAUCCAAUAGGACUGGUAGUCUUAAAAGAAGAGGAAGAGAGAAAGAGAUCUGUUUCUCUCUCUACAUGUGCAUGCACUAAGGAAAGGCUAUGUGAGGUUACAGCAAGAAGACAGGAGACAGGAAGAGAGCUCUCACCAGAAACCAAAUCAGCUGGCACCUUGAUCUUGGACUCCCCAGGGUUCAGAACUUUGAGAAAUAAAUUUCUGUUGUUUAAGCCACCCAGUCUCUGGUAUUUUGUUGUGGCAGCCCAAGCUGACUAAUAUAGCAAGUAAUGCUGAUGCUAGCAGUCCAUGGACCACAUUUUGAGUACCACUAGUCUAGGCCACAUACCCCAGAAACUUUUUUAAUUUGUCUGAGGGUAGUGCAGGGCGUCAUUAUUUUUUAACAUUUCCUGGGUGAUUUUAGUGUAUAGACAGGAUUGAGAACCACAGAUCAAGACCAGCUUCUUCAACUUAUGACUAGGAUGCUGAGACUCAAACAGGUUAAGUGAUUUGCCCAAGUUAUCAUGUAUGCUAUUGCUGAAUUUUGCAAAUUUAUAGGAGAAAAAAAGAAUUUCUUCACACAGCUGGUAUUUGAAAGACACAGUCCUAGAACCCAGCACUCUCAAUUUCCAGUAUUAAGCCACUCAUUUUUCCCCAAACAACAUUAAAAUUUGUUUAAUUCUGGCAGAUUCAUUUUAAGUGCCUUUUCCAUUAUAGUACAAUCCAAGAAUGUUGUAGUCUGUGCCCCUCGUCUGCUUCAUAAC